UCUGAAACUGAAAGCGCAUCGGGCCUCUCGGCGCUCGCUCUCUCUGGUCUGGCCGCCCGCGCCUGGCUGGGUUCCGUGCUGUGGCUCGAGAGGCGGGCGGGCGGGAUGGCGGAGCCGCAGGGCGCCGCGAGCGGGGACGUGUCGCUUCACAACUUCAGCGCAAGGCUCUGGGAGCAGCUGGUCCACUUCCACGUCAUGCGGCUGACAGACUCGCUCUUCCUGUGGGUGGGGGCGACGCCGCAUCUACGCAACCUCGCAGUGGCCAUGUGCAGCCGCUACGACCCCAUCCCUGUGUGCACCUCCCUUUUUGGAGACACUUCUGAUACGACCUCCUCUGGCCUUGCCCAGCGCUUAGCCAGGAAAACCAGUAAACAGGUGUUUGUCAGCUACAACCUCUCCAACACAGACAGCAACUUUACGUUACUCGUAGAAAACAGGAUCAAGGAAGAAAUGGAGACAUUUCCGGAGAAGUUCUGAGUGGCAGAGGGAAGAGUGUGUAACUUGUGUAUAAAUUAUAUUUCAAUAAACAGGUUGGCUUUUGUCUCA